AUGGGACAAUUAUUGGGACGUCAAAAAUCAAAUGGUAUAUGUACAAUAUGCCUGGAGAAAAUGCCAAUGAGAGAUAUUUCAGCACUUCAUUGUGGUCAUUUAUUUCAUUUUAAAUGUAUCAAAUAUUGGCUUACUGAGCAGAAGACAUGUCCAGAAUGUCGUAAAUCAUCAAAACUUGAUGAUAUUAUAACGACACUUUAUUUUCAUGAUGAUAUAAGUGAUAAGAAAAGUGAAAUUGCUAAUAAACAUUUCGAGAGUGCUUUUGAUGGUUCCAAAAAAUUGGACACUUACAAUGACCUUCUAAAACAGCUUAAUGAUGCAUAUUUGGAGCUUCAGAACGAGAAAGCAUUGCAUGAACAAACAAAAACAUUUCUUAAUGAAGUUCAAUGUGAAAAAUUAGAAAUGAUAAGAAUUAUUCAGACAUUGAUAGAAAAUGAUGAUUAA